AUGUCAUUCUUUGGGAAACCAGCGGCUAGCACUGCAACCUCAACCUCACAAGCAACAGAAGCAGAUCUGGCAAAUGAUAUUAUAGUACAAAACCCACCAGAAGAUUCUAUAUCAGAUAUUGCAUUUUCUCCACAAGCCGAGUUCUUUUCAGCUUCCUCGUGGGACAAAAAAGUUAGAAUAUAUGAAGUUUCACCAACUGGAUCCACAGAAGGACGUGCAUUAUAUGAACAUGACGCUCCAGUAUUGACAACUAGAUGGACAUUAGAUGGUACCAAGGUGAUAUCUGGUGGUGCUGAUAAACAAGUUAAAUUGUAUGAUAUUCAAAGUGGACAAGCACAGACGAUUGGUAUGCAUGAUGGUCCAGUUAAGGCUGUUCGUUUUGUUGAAUGUGGUCCAACUAAUACUCAAGUUGUUGUUAGUGGUUCAUGGGAUAAAACAUUGAGAUAUUGGGAUUUAAGACAACCACAACCAGUUAGUACGAUUCAAUUACCAGAAAGAGUCUAUGCUAUGGAUGCCUCACAGAAAUUAUUAGUGGUUGGUACAGCUGAAAGACAUGUGUGUAUCAUUGACCUGAACAAUCCCCAACAAAUUUCUAAACAAGCUAUGUCUCCAUUAAAAUGGCAAACAAGAUCUAUUGCAUGUUAUCCACAAGCAAACGGUUACGCUUUAGGUUCAAUUGAAGGUAGAUGUGCCUUCCAAUAUAUUGAUGAUCAAGAACAAGCCAAAUCAGGGUUUACAUUCAAAUGUCAUCGUCAAAACGAAACCAAAGCUGGAAGAACAGAAAGUCAUAUCUUUGCGUUGAAUUCUAUUGCAGCUCACCCAGUGUAUGGUACAUUUGCUACUGCAGGAUCAGAUGGUUGCUUCCACUUCUGGGAUAAAGAUGCUAAACAUAGGUUGAAAGGUUUCCCAUCUCUAGGAGGUACCAUUUCAGCUGCUGCUUUCAACAGAAAUGGUAGCAUUUAUGCCAUUGCUGUAUCUUAUGACUGGAGUAAAGGUUACAGUUUCAACAAUCCACAGUAUCCAAACCUGAUUAGACUACAUCCUACCAAAGAUGAAGAGGUCAAACAAAAGAACAAAAGACGUUAA